AUGCUGGUCUCAGACCCUUCGUCUACAAAUAAUCUGGAGGAAGCAAAGGUGCUUGCUUCUUCCUCCGUCAUGCUCGUUGCUGGCAUUGCCGUUGGGGAGACUAAAAAGCCUCGACAUAAUCAUCCCAUUGUCGGUGGUUCUCCUGCUAAAAUUGUGGAUAAAUUAUCCCAAAAAGCUGAACAAUCUGAUUCUACAACUGAGUCAGGAAAAAAAAAUUUUGGAUUUAAGCCUGUAUCUGCGUCAGUUGAUGCCUCUCCAAUAAACCAGGUGUUAAUGUACAUUUUUUCCUCUAAUUUCCCUCCUUUUUAUUAUAUAUUCGAUUUUUUUGAUUAG